AUGCAAGCCAAACCCAGUCCCCUGCAGCGGUACGACAUCAAGGAGAAGCUCGGUGAGGGCACCUAUGGCGAGGUGUAUAAGGCCAUCGAUACCGAGAACCAGCGAUUCAUUGCCCUCAAGAAGAUGCGCCUCCUUGAGGCCGAGGACGAGGGCGUGCCUGCCACCGCCCUGCGCGAGGUGUCUCUCCUCAAGGAGCUUUCCAACUGCGCCAACAUCGUCAAGUUGCUCGAUGUCAUUCACUGCAACUCGACCCUCUAUCUGGUGUUUGAGUUCCUUGAUCAGGAUCUCAAGACCUACGUCGAAUCUACUGGCGCCGGCGCUCUUCCCACUAAGUUGGUCAAGAGCUAUCUGUAUCAGAUCCUCAAGGGCAUCGCGUACUGCCACUCGCACCGCAUUCUGCACAGGGACUUGAAGCUGGCCAACCUGCUCAUCGACCGCAAGGGCGUUCUCAAGCUGGCUGACUUUGGUCUCGCCCGCGCGUUUGGCGUGCCCAUCCGCACCUACACUCACGAGGUGGUCACGCUUUGGUACCGCGCUCCCGAGAUCCUGCUCGGCCAGGCUCGCUACUCCACUCCCGUCGACAUGUGGUCCGUCGGCUGCAUCUUUGCCGAGCUUGUCACCAAGCGUCCGCUCUUCCCGGGCGAUUGCGAGAUCGACGAGCUGUUCCGCAUCUUCAGGACUCUCGGCACUCCCAACGAGGAGGUGUGGCCCGGCGUCACUACUCUUCCCGACUACAAGUCCACCUUUGGUCAGUGGAAGCCUCAGAGCUUGGCCUCCGUCGUUCCCGGUCUCGACCCUCUUGGCCUCGACCUUCUCUCGAAAAUGCUGAGGUAUGCGCCUCAGGAGCGCAUCUCGGCCAAGGAAGCCCUCAAGCACCCUUACUUCGACGACCUGGACAAGACCAAGUACCCCUAA